UUGUCACACGUGAACAUGGCCGCGUCCGUUUCCAGCGAAGAUUUCUCCAACCUGCAGCUGCUUUUAAAGGCUCCGUCCAAAGAAGCCGUGAGAGACAUUUGCGUUCAGAGUCAUAGAGGAACGAGUCGGCGGCUGACUGAGAGCACCGCCGCCUCCCUGGGGGUCCCCGCGGCCCAGGCUGCCCAGCUGCUCCUGUCCCUCCACACUCUGUCCCAUCACGUCCUCUUCCACAACCUCAGCAGCCCCGAUCAGAUCCUGGCCGUCUUCCCCGAGUCCUUCCACCCCAGCCUCAAGAAGAUGAUCACCAAGAUCCUGCUGGAGAACAGUCCAGCAUGGCGGACGGAGGCCCUCAGCAGCCAGGUCUCCCUCCCUCAGCUCCAGGACCUGGACUGGAGGGUGGACAUGGUGACCAGCUCGGACUGCGUGGGCCGGAUGGCGGUGCCCACCUGCCUCGUGCAGCUGAAGAUGGAGGAUCCGUGUCCGUCGGCGGGCCAGGAGGCGGUUUCCACGGUGACGGUGGAGCUGAGCAGGGGCUCUCUGGACACCAUCUUGGACGGGCUGGGACGGAUCAGGGACCAGCUGUCUGUGGUCGCUGGGAAGUGAAGGCUGAUUGGCCGAGCUGGACUGAGACCGGGAGCGAACCAUCCUCAGACGCCAAGCGGCCCGCCUCGCACUGACGCCGUUUUUCAUUUGUCGCGUUUUUAUCUUUGUUUGUCGAUUUAAUGUGAGAAUAAUAAAGAAAUGCAGAAUUGAA